AUGGAAGGAAAAGCUGUUACUCAUGCAGCAGGUCCCCACCUCUCCACGAUGCUGACAUUGCCCAAAGGAAAAGCAAACGCCAACACGCUUGGCCCCAGUGGUGGAGGCCCCAGUGGUGGAGGCCCCAGUGGUGGAGGCCCCAGUGGUGGAGGCCCCAGUGAUGGAGGCCCCAGUGGUGGAGGCCCCAGUGGUGGAGGCCCCAGUGGUGGAGGCCCCAGUGGUGGAGGCCCCAGUGGUGGAGGCCUCAGUGAUGGAGGCCCCAGUGGUGGAGGCCCCAGUGGUGGAGGCCCCAGUGGUGGAGGCCCCAGUGGUGGAGGCCCCAGUGGUGGAGGCCCCAGUGGUGGAGGCCCCAGUGGUGGAGGCCACAGUGGUGGAGGCCCCAGUGAUGGAGGCCCCAGUGGUGGAGGCCACAGUGGUGGAGGCCCCAGUGGUGGAGGCCACAGUGGUGGAGGCCCCAGUGAUGGAGGCCCCAGUGGUGGAGGCCACAGUGGUGGAGGCCCCAGUGGUGGAGGCCCCAGUGGUGGAGGCCACAGUGGUGGAGGCCCCAGUGAUGGAGGCCCCAGUGGUGGAGGCCCCAGUGGUGGAGGCCACAGUGGUGGAGGCCCCAGUGAUGGAGGCCCCACUGAUGGAGGCCCCAGUGGUGGAGGCGCCAGUGGUGGAGGCCCCAGUGGUGGAGGCCCCAGUGAUGAAAGCAAAGGUCAAGCCAACAGGAAGAGUGAAGCAUCCGGGGAGGGAGGGAGGGAGGGAGGGAGGGAGGGAGGAGGUGGGUAA